AUGGCUCACGUUACAGUUGAUUGGAAUCCACUUGGAAAGGUAUUUUAUAGGUAAGUGGUUCUUUUCAGAUCAGACUGUACCUAUUAUUGUUUUAUUAUUCAUUCAAAAUAUUUCCUCCAAGCUGAAGACAUCCUUACCUCUAUGUAAAAUUCCAGUAGUCAAACAUCUGCCUGUUUUUUGCCAGUUCCAGAUUAUGAGGGGAUAUAAUUUUCUUGCUGAUAUUCUUCAAAUGGUAGUUUUCAGUGUCUUUGUGUGUUAUUUCAUUUUGUGUUAGUUUUUGAGGGAGAAGGUCAGGAAAUUUAAUGAGUUAAAUAUAGUUACUUAACUUAGUUAACGAUGAGGAGCUCCAGUAGCUGCUUAGUAGUUAUCUUGGCUUUAGCGUGGCAAUGGCGUGGCAUUGACGUUUGUUUUAUAUUGGUGUGCUUUGGCGAGCUGGCAGUUAUCCUAUGCUCUUUUGUUUUUGCCGUGGUUCAUGUUACUGUACUAGGCCUGUUGUGGGAUAAUUUCCAGUGCCCCCUGUGUCAGUGGUUUUCCAUCGCAAUUUAUGCGUCUGCGUUUGCAAUGAUGUGCUUGUAGUUUUAAAGUGCAUAAUGUUCGGGGCGUUUUGCCCAGUGUUACUCAGUUUUAGUGGUUUUUCCCUCCCUCCUCACCCCUUAUUAUUAUUGUCCUUAUUUCUCCACUGAAAUCUCAGUUCAGUGUGAUGGGUGCUUGGGCCGGGGCUGGAUGUGGCUGGCAGGGCUCGUGGCUGGGUUGCAGGUAGGGCAGGCUUUUGGGGUGUUCUUGCUACCUGGGUUAGGGGUUGGUGGCUCCAGCCCGUAGGUUCCUAGGCACCCAACCUCCAUGUGCGACUCAGGCAUUAAUCUACCCAUAACAUGUGAAAUCUUCUACCAUUUACUCUUGGUCUUCAGCAAUAAAACAGCCAAACCAUCACUCUGCUUCUUUGUUUGAUUUCUGUGCAUCCUUUUCCAGUUUGGAGGUGUGUCUGACAGAACGGUUAACACCUUGAACUCCAGAUCUGGAGGGACAGGGUUCAAUCCUCGUGUUUCGAAUGGUUUCCUUAGACAAGGAACUUUACACCGCUUUGUCUCUCUUCACCCAGGUGUAUAAAUGGACACCGACAAAGUACUGCCAGGUGGUGACCCUGCGAUGGACUAGCAUCCCAUCUAGCGGGAACGGGGAAUGGCAAGACUCCUAUAGUCAUGCUUCAUGCUAAGGAAGCUGGCAUAAGCUCCACCCUCUUGGGGCCUUUGGCUUUAAUCUUUUUUUUUUUUUUUCCUUCUGAGACUUUACAUUGACAUCACCCUUAAUUUUUUUUCAAUUUUUCAAUCCAGUCUGAGACUUUUUGGGACUAUUGACAUCAGCCUUUAAAUCUGGCUUUGCUGAAAGUCAAACAUCACCUUUCAAAAAUUUUGGCAAAUAACCAGCAGGCUCAGGAAAGAAAUACCGGGCAACCAUGGAAUUUAAGCCAAUCAAUCAGGGAUGGAGAAAUAUUUUAAAUGUACACACUGUAGGCAUAAUUGAAUUACAGCAGAAGUUUUCUUCGCAAAAUGUGUUUGUCUUGAACAGGAAAGUAGAGCUGUACAGUAUGGAGUGGCAAGAUGCUGUGGAUUUAUCCCGGUUUAUUGUGAGUGCAGCACCUUUUGGUGGUCCAAUAGGUAAGUACAUCAGACUUCUUCUAAGUGUUGUUUAACCAACAGGGUGGUCACGUUUCAUUUCCCUGCAUUAUCUUAAGGUAAAUAGGACUCACCAGGGUAAACGUUUAAGAGCCAGAACCACAGAAAUGCUCCUAACAGCACUGUAAGUACCGGCAUUAAUUUGUAAGUUAUGUCUAUAUCAGCAAGAGUUCAUUAUACUGUACCAGAAUUUUGUUUCAGUCAACUGUCUGUACAUGUCAAGGGAUUUUAAAGGAAGAAAACAACUCUAAAGAACAUCUUGCUUCUAAUUAUUUUAGAACAGCUAGUGCAUAAAACAUACAAUUGAUACAAUAUUAAAAAACUUCAUUACUUUCAACCUGCAGUCCAGCUGUGUUGUAUUUAGAUGCUUAACUGUCAGUAAUAGUUAAAAAAAAAGUAAUUGAAGGGCUCCAUGUUAAAUUGCCUAAUGCCCCUGUGGUGUAUUUUUGGGAUGAUUGGGAUUUAAGCACCGCGGUAGGUUUAAUCACUAAUGCACACCAUUGGUAACUCAUGUACUCUUCUACAUACAUGGGGGGUCAUGUAGCAGCUGCUCAGAAGAGAAGUCACCAAUGGUGCCUAACCCGACCGCAAACAAUACUGAAACAAUUGAAAGAAUGAAAUCAUUGUUUUCUGCAACCAAUAAGAAGAGACCUUACGAGCAGCUCCUACACAACUGUACAUGGGGGUGAGGACGGUACACCUAAAUAUUUACAUGUCCUGCAGCCCCCACAUUGAGAUUUCCUUUUUGAAGGAAUAGUUUGUAAUUGUUGUAUUUAAAAUUUGCAGCUCUGAUAAGAGGUGACAAGCAUUUUGUUCGAGUCCAAGGAUCAGCUAUUAAUAAACCCAUCAUUCACAUUUUUUUCCUGCUGGAAAAGAACUUGCCACAGUCAAGGUAUGUGUCUUUUUUUUUUAGGUCUACUGAGGAGAGGUUUAACCUGGGAACACAGACAAAGGCCAGUGUCGCAGGCCGAGCAGGCUUCUUGUUGUUUAAUGUUGACAAAUUAAUAUUGUCAAUAUUGUUCUUGGCUAGAAGAGUAACUGUCAUCAUUUUCUGUUAUUGCAUUGGAAAAGAGCAGGAACUUGUAUUAUCAUAUGGUUGGUUCUGUGAGCAGGAAAGAUGAAGUAAUAUUCUGACUAGUUACUGAAGCAGGCAGAAUGGAUCUAUCUUAGUCCAUCACUAGUCUGCUUCACAGCCGUUUUUUAGUGUUGUCACACAAUGCUCCUACCCACCUCCCUUGUGGGGGGAGGAGCGUUCUUGUUUCAACGCUAAAAAACAGCAGUGAAGAAGACUAGUCCAUCAAUGCAUGGGAACAAGAACAAAAAUAAAAAUGUUCUGCUUCUGUAGGCUAUUGAUCAAGUGUUCUUUUUUAUUCUUAGUGGGAUGGAGGCCCCAUAAUUCAGAUGGGAUGGUCCGUCACAGAGAACCUACUUUGCGUGGCUGAUGAUGGUACCAUAAUGGUGUAUGACAUUCAUGGCGCAAUCAAGAAAACCUUGUCAAUGGGACAGGUCAGUGUUAAAUUAUUUUGUGUCAUGAAAAGACUGAAAAAGAAGACAUGAUGCAUGUAUGUUUGUAAAGCACCACAGCUUGACAACUUCUAGUCAACUUGAAACUCAUCUUCAGGGCGAGCCAAAAAUUUUCUUAUCCACUUGUCCUUCGGACAAGCACUAUAUUAAAUUUGGUUGUCCGAAACCCAAGGGUUCUUGUCCAAAAAGUUUUGCUCAAAACUCAAAAACAAUCAAGCAUAUAUUUUACUGCUUAUUAUCACAUAAUCAGCCUUUUUGCAGGAAAGCAAAACUGCACCGCAGUUUUCUCUCUGGUCACUUUUGUCAAUCGGUGUUUUUUGAUCCAGUGACUCCAAAUGAGCUAUCGGAAAUUUCCACUGCUUUUCGACCAGGUAAGGCAGCUGGCCAUGAUAGAAUUCCCAUUUCCAUCAUAAAACAGUCAAUUCAAAUUAUAGCCGAUCCUUUAGCUCAUAUAAUCAAUUUAUCUAUCACUCAUGGCAUUGUUCCUGACCAAAUGAAAAUUGCUCACGUGAUACCACUCUUUAAAGCCGGUGAUCGAUCACUCUUUACGAACUAUAGACCGAUCUCGAUUCUCCCUAGCUUUUCUAAGUUUCUUGAAAAGGUUGUUUAUAACCGUCUUUAUAAUUAUUUAAGUAAACUAGAAAUUCUAUAUGAUAAUCAAUUUGGCUUCAGAAAAAAUCAUUCAACUUCGUUAGCAUUGAUUAACCUAUAUGAAAAAAUCUCCCUUGCUCUUGAUCACAAUGAACAUGCCGUUGGCGUUUUCCUUGAUCUUUCUAAGGCGUUUGAUACCGUCGAUCAUAAUGGUAUACGUGGCGUGGCUCUGGACUGGGUUAGAAGCUACCUCUCCAACAGGUUGCAAUUCGUUCAAUUUAAUGGUCAAUGCUCCUCCCCUCAAACUAUCUGCUGUGGUGUCCCUCAGGGAUCCAAUUUGGGCCCCUUGUUUUUCUUGCUCUAUAUUAAUGAUUUAAACAACGUAUCGAUGCUCGUCGAGCUGAUUUUAUUCGCUGAUGAUACUAAUUUAUUUAUGUCCCAUAAAGAUCCUGUCUACCUGGCAGCCUCACUCAAUUCCGAACUUAAUAAAUUAUCCACUUGGUUUAAGGCAAACAAACUCUCCUUAAACCUGAAGAAAACAAACUUUAUGUUAUUUAAGCCUAGACAGAAAAGGUAUUGUUUUCCAAUGCAAAUAUGCAUAAAUGAACAGAGAAUCGAACAGGUUAAGGAAACGGUUUUCCUCGGUGUAGUCCUUGAUGAACAUCUGUCUUGGAAACCGCACAUUUCUCAAGUAGCUCGUAAAAUCUCGAAAUCAAUAGGUGUCAUUAAUAGAGCAAGAUUUUUUCUACCUAAACCCUGUCUAAAAACUCUUUAUUAUUGUUUAGUUUAUCCUUAUCUUCAUUAUUGUAUUAUUGUCUGGGGAUCUACGUACAAAACCAAUCUUCGCCGUCUUGUCUCUUUGCAAAAGCGAGUUAUCAGAAUUAUUUCUAAAUCAACUUUCGAUUCUCAUUCAGACCCUAUUUUCAAAGAAUUAGAGCUACUAAAACUUUCCGAUAUUAGACAGCUAGAAUUGGGUAAACUUAUGUUUUCUCUUAACCAUUCUCUUUUGCCUUCAAAGUUCAACAAUUAUUUUUCUUUAAACAAACAAGUCCAUAGCUAUGCCACUAGACACGCGAACGAUUUUCACCUUCCUUCUUGUAGAACAAACCUUCGUAAAUUUUCUGUCAGUUUCCAAGGACCUACUUAUUAUAACUCUAUAGAAAAUGAUAUUAAAGAAUCUAAUUCUCUCCACUUAUUCAAAACGAAAUUGAAAAAAAACUUGUAUAUGAAUUAUUACUUAUAAAUCUUGUAGUAAAUAGUUAUAUUUCUUCACAUGUCUGAUAAUAUUAUUUUUAUACUUAUUGUUGCAUGUGCCAUACCUUAUAUUUUGUCAACUCAGUCUAUGGAAUUAGUUAAUUUAUACUUACCUUCAUUGUAUUUUACUUUCGAUCCUGGCCUUCGUGUUACUGUUAACUGUAUUUUUACUCUGAGGGAGCCCAAUGUCUAUAAGCCUCAUAGUUUCUUUUUGGGCUUCCUCGCCACUUUCAUUUGCUUUUGUGUGACUGUCUUGUUUUAUCGUUAUUUGUAUUUUGUGGUAAAUCAAAUAAAGUUACAAAGUUAACAGGCCUGGUUACUAAGGCCAGAUUCCUAAGCCAAAUGGAGCUCGUAAAAAAACAAAUGAUUGAAAUGGCUGUGGAAUGGCAAAGUUUUAAAGGAAUAUUUAACCUUAUUUUGACAAGCAUCAGGUUUGCUUUUAUGACUACCGGUAUAACGUAAAUUUUACUUCUACUGUAAUUUGAAGUCAACUUUCACCUGUUUCUGUAUUUUUUCUAAUUAAAAAUGUGCUUGUCCCACGGACAAGUUAUGUCAAAGGUCUACUUACAAGUCCGAACUGUAUUUCUACCUGUCCUGGACAAUCGGACAUAGGUUUUGGCGCACCCUGAUCUUAGCCCAUUCAUGCCAUAUCUUAUGUCAGUCAAUUCUUUAACCACCCCAAGUAAAUAAAUUUUCAGACAAAUUAAAUAAUCAUUAAUUUUUCUAUAACUAUAAGCAAAGUAAAUGUAAUUUAUAAUAUAUUAUCAUCAAAAACAUAAGUCAUAGACUGUUUGCUACUUUAUUAAAGGUGUUGUACAAAAAUAGAGUAUACUCAUACAUAUACUUUUUGUAGCAAAGGCAUGGCCAUUGAAUAAUAUUACCCGUAUGUGGUAUAUGUUUCAGGUCAAAAUUUCAAUUCAGGUUAAAAUCUUUUAGCCUUGGUUGAUUCUCUAUCUCCCUUGUUGCCUAGUCCUAAUUUAUUCAUGAAUUAGCGCUAUGAGACAAAGGAAAUCAAGAAUCAACCAGGAUAUGAUUUUAACCCGUAACAAACAUUGUAUUUAUGCUGUUUUUGCAUGUGGUCUUAUCAAGUACACAGCAACUUUAUAGAUCUGGUGCUUUCAAGUUGGAUACAGGAGACGAAACUGGUAAUUUUUAUCUGCAUUUUUUUGUAGGAUGCCAAGGAAUCCAAAGUUAUUGACUGCAAAACCUAUAGUUUUGCCGGAAGGACUGGCAUAGCUAUCCUGACUAGUAAUUACCACUUUUAUGUCGCAAACAACGUGGAAGAGGUCAGGAGUCGACGGUAUUAUGACCCACCAGGUAAAAAAAUCAUAAAGUUCAGUGUUUCAGAGAGAUUAAUAAUGUUUUAUUUUGAAGUUACAUGUUCAUCUCAUGUGCUUUUGUGAUCUAUAGAACUCAAUAUCUGCUUGUGUCUCACUUUCUUUUGGUGAUAACUUUGAAUUUGGUGAGAGUUAAAGUGUUGUUCAACAGGCGAUACAGAAAUCUUGUCACGCAUUAUUCCUUGUAGCAUUUGACUGACUUCAAGUGGGCUUGAAUUCUAACUUUUGUUUUUGCGGCGUGAAUAUUUUUCAGGCUUUCUUCUCUUAAAUAUUUACGAUGAUCUGUCUUAGUUAAAUGUGUAUUUUGCCACAUUUUUCACAAGGAAAACAAUAACUGCUCUUGAUCCCAACUCGUUAAAAUUCUAUCACCUAACUGCCUGAGGGCUGCCCCUAUCUGAGAAAACUAGAAAGUCUAAUUGUUUGCAGAAGUCUCUACAAAGGCAGCACUUUCUGCUCAGCAUUAAAAGAUGCCUGCCUAAGUGUUGAUCUGGCUGGUGUGUUGAACUAGCGACCUCUCGCUCAGCAGACCGGCGCAUAUCCAGCUGAGCUAACCGGAUGGCAAAAAAUGACCAGUCAUGAAUCUUAAGAAACAUAGGGCCAUUUAUUUAAACGUAGUUUAGCCAGUGUUGAACAAAACCGCAUUCUGAGCCAUUUUUCAAUUUGCCCAACGGUUUUAUCUAAACUCCGUUUAUUGUGAAGUGUUUUAUGAAAGCAUAUAGAGUAGAUUAGAAAAACAUUUAUCUUCUUAAAAUAUCGCACUAAGGAAGAGAUUCUGGAGGUCCAAAGAUUUGUUAAACCCCGGCUUAAAUUAAACUUUGCUUAAAUAACCGACCCAUAAUUUUUUCAACCAGGUUUGGAUGCUCCACCCAGCAGCUGGGUCAUUAUGCCGCAUGACCGAGGUUUAUCGUUGCUAGUGGCAAUUGAUAAUCUGUUGUACCUUACAGAAAAAGGACAGUGUAAUAGACUG